GGGGCGGAGAUCCACAUCUUCCACCAAGAGUGGGAAGUUUAUGAACCCCACCGACCAAGCCCGGAGGAGGCCAGGAAGAGGGAACUGAAGAAGAACAAGAAGCAGCGGAUGAUGGUGAGGGCGGCCGUGCUGAAGAUGAAGGAUCCCAAGCAGAUCAUCCGGGACAUGGAGAAGCUGGAUGAGAUGGAAUUCAACCCAGUCCAGCAGCCGCAGCUCAAUGAGAAAGUCCUGAAAGACAAGCGGAAGAAGCUGCGGGAGACCUUCGAGCGCAUUCUGCGUCUUUACGAGAAGGAGAACCCCGAGACCUACAAAGAGCUGCGCAAGAUCGAGCUGGAGUACGAACACAAGAGGUCCCAGCUCAGCCAAUACUUCGAUGCCGUGAAGAACGCUCAGCAUGUGGAGGUGGAGAGCAUUCCGCUGCCGGACCUUCCUCACGCUCCUUCUAACAUUCUCAUUCAAGACAUUCCUCUGCCCGGGACUCAGCCACCCUCCAUUCUUAAGAAGACCUCCGCUUAUGGACCUCAGGGGCGUGGAGUAUCUGUGACCUAUCCCCCGGGGCACGGUGUUCCUCGCUUACCACCCGGCAAGAAACCGCCCGGGCCGCCCUCAGGUCCACCCCCACCCCAGGUUCUACAGAUGUACGGCCGGAAAGUCGGCUUUGCUUUGGACAACAUUAUGAGGAAGAAGGAUGACGACGUGAGAUACAGCCCUGAUAGAGGUGACAGAGGUCGCCAUGACGCCUCCAGUUCCAGCGAGGACGAGGGCUACCCCAACGAGAUGGAGCAAGAUAAGGAGGAGGAGGGGAGCAGCGACGAGGACAGCGACAGCAUUCAGUCGGAUGUCCGGGACAGUGACGAAGGGGAGUACGCACAGCGGGACGAGGACAAAAAAGGCGGCGGUGAAAAGAAAGGAGGGCACAGCGUCCGCUUCGCUGAAUCUUCAGAGAAAUCCCAUAAGAAGAAGAAGAAGCCAGUGAAGGACAUUACGCCCCUUCAAGCCAUGAUGUUACGAAUGGCAGGUCAGGAGAUGACGGAGGAGGACGAUGAACAUGAAGCUGAAGACUAUUCGUCUCCCUCAUCAUCCGAGGACGAGUCUGAGCCGGAGAAUGAGCAGCGGACUGAAGAGUCAAAGGGAGAGAGCACAGAAUCCGGCUCCUCCUCUACACAGGUGUCAGCUCCGCCUCCUGUUACUGUUCCACCCCCACCGCUGCAGAUGCCGCCAUCAAUAAUGACGGGACCUCCUCCUCUUGGCCCGCCGCCUGUUCCGCCACUACGGCCUCCUGGACCACCUACUGGAAUGCCGCCUGGACCUCCUCCAGGAGCGCCUCCGUUCUUGAGACCACCGGGUCUUCGCGGCCCCCCACCACGUCUCUUACCGCCAGGACCUCCACCGGGCCGACCUCCUGGCCCUCCCCCAGGGCCACCUCCAGGCUUACCACCAGGUCCUCCUCCACGUGGACCCCCACCCCGCCUGCCUCCACCGGCACCUCCAGGAAUGCCCCCUCUUCCUCGGCCCAUGAUGCGACCCCCCAAUGGUUCCCCCACCCGGCACCGCUCCCCCCGGGCAUCUACCCACCAACCCCGCUGGCAAACCCAGGCGUGCUGAGUGCGCCCCCCAGCUUGAUACAGAGACCCAAAUCGGACGAAAGCGGGGCCACCAUCGAGAAGAAGGCCACCGCGACCAUCAGCGCCAAACCCCAGAUCACCAACCCCAAAGCCGAAGUUACGCGUUUCGUACCCACCGCCCUCCGCGUUCGCAGGGAGAACAAACCCACGACGACCGGCCAGGCCCUGAAGAAACCCGAGGAGGAAGUGGUGACGCGGGUCGGUGACCAAAGCCGGACCCAAGCUCGGGGCUCCGGUGGCGAUACAAACCAAGGACGAUAUGUACGAAGCGUUCAUGAAAGAGAUGGAGGGGCUUCUGUAA